GGAGCCACCGGCGCCGCCGUCUACGUGGACGCCACCGAGGACGAGCUCUUCCGCCUCACCACCAAGGAGGGGAAGUUCACCGUGGAGCGCGAGAAGGUGAAGAUCGAGAUGCAGCACUUCUCCCCCGUGGUGCAGUUCGAGCAGGACCCCGUGCAGAUCCUAGACACGCUGCUCCCGCUCUACCUCAAUAGCCAGCUCCUCCGUGCCCUGCAGGAGUCGCUCGCUAGCGAGCUCACCGCCCGGAUGAGCGCCAUGAGCAGCGCCACCGACAAUGCCAUCAAGCUCCACAAGAACCUCUCCCGCAGAUCGAUCCUGCUGCUGGGUCGAUCUCGUUGA